CUUCCCUCUUACCAUCACUGCCUCUUCUACCUUCUCUUAUAACCCAACUCCACUUUGAUCUAUCUCUGUCCCUUCUGUACUUCCAAAUAGGAAAUACCUCACGGCUAGAAUGCAUCCACUUAUGGAAAAAGAGGAGUUCAUUUAUCACUUUCUUACCUGGGAGAAGUAAAAAAUAGUUUUUGCUUAUUUAGGACAGGAGCCCUUCUUUCCCGGGAGGAGAACAAGACGGCCUCUGGUCUGGAGACUUAUAGAUCCACUCCGAAACGUCUUGGACGGAAUCCCAAUACUCUGGCAUCCGGCGACUGAGACGCCCCGAAACCUCCCGCUACGAGCUGUGCUCCGCAGAUAUGCUACAUUAGGGUCUCCACCGCCGCAGCCGCAGUAGAUCGGAGGAGUUCAAGAGAUAGAAGAGAAGAGAAGAGAGGAGAGAAGAAGAGAUGGGGGUUUUUGGAGAGGGGUCGCGGUGGUGCUUCUGUUCGAGGGAAGGGAGGUCGGAGAGAGUCAAAGGUGGCAUCCUUGCCGCUAAAGGCUCCGCCUUCGUCGCCAUCUCCGGCGCCGGCGGUGGAGGUGGCGCGGGGACUGGAUUCCUCAUCCACCGCAACCUCCUUCUCACCACCCACGCCAACAUCCCCUCCGUCGCCGCCGCUGAGGCCGCCGAGAUCCGCGUCUUCCACGGCCGCCUCCCCGCCCGCCUCGUCCCCCAUAGAUUUUUCAUUACCAGUUCUGUUCUUGAUCUUACAAUAGUGGGGUUUGAUACUGUGGAUGCUGACUCAACUUCACAGGGGCAGCAGCCUCAUUACCUGAAGACCUGCUGCAACCCAAGCCUUGAUCUGGGCAGUGUGGUUUACCUUCUUGGGCACACAGACAAAAAGGAGCUGAUGGUUGGCGAGGGAAAAGUAGUGAUAGCCACUGACAAUCUCAUAAAACUCUCAACGGAUGGAGGGACAUGGUGCCCGGGAUCUGCUGGUUUUGAUGUCCAAGGAAAUCUUGCUUUCAUGGUCUGUGAUCCAAUGAAACUUGCCUCAUCUCCUACUGCAAGAUCAUCAUCUGCAUCUUCUUCAUCAUCUCUGUCAUGGAAGAAGGAUUUAUCUAUGCAAUUUGGGAUUCCAAUUCCUAUCAUCUGUGAUUGGUUGAAUCAGCACUGGGAAGGCAGCUUGGAUGAGAUCAGCAAGCCCAAGUUGCCUCUCAUUCGAUUGAUGUCUUCUGGACAGAAGAAUGAACAUUCUUGUACUUCUUUCACCAUGCGUAGGGUAUUCAAGUCCACUGAGGAGGAAUUUGAUGAUGUUUCAUCCUCACAGAUAGCUUCGAAAUCUAUACAUCAGAUUGGAUCGAGUAGCUCAGCUAAUAUAAAAGAUUCCCAAGGGGAAAACCAACUUGUUGAUUUACGUGCAGCCCAUGAGCAGGGAAUUCCAACUCCUGAAAUCUUUGAAUCUCCUAGGCUGACUUCUGGGCCAGUUCAUCAGAAGGAACAUGCCCCAGUCCAGCUCUUGGAUAUUAAUUUCCCUCCUAGAGCUCCCAGAUCUAUUGUUCUACCACUUCCCCUUGAACAGUUGUUCUCUAAUCAAAAUAAUGUUGAAGAACCUAAACUUGGAAAUCCAUCAAGAGAAACUGGUCAUGCAAUGUGGGACGUGCCACAAGCCAAUUCUGAAGCAGAUCAUAAGAUGGUUCCAGUUGGUCCAUGCCCCGAGGAUUGCUACAGUGAGGUGCAGUCCAGUUCAUCUCCAUUGGAGGUUUCAGAAUUUCGAAAUGAGGGGGAUGGGUUGAGCAGUGGGGAGGAAACUAUGUACUCGGCUGAAACUAUGGAGAGCAGAAACUUCCCAAGUCCCAAAGAAAACAAGCUCCAGCACGUCGGCAGGAGCCAAAGCUGUGUGAACUACAGCAGAUGGAAUUCUACUCAGAGGAAUUCAGCAGCACGGAGGUGUGCCUUACAAGAGCAGUGCACUAUAAUCCCUGUGAGAAAGACACGCUCGCAAGCCGUGCCUCAAAGGAGUCAUGAUUAUUUCAGCCCGACUGUCUCCUCGAGCAUGAAGAAGAGGAACAGCACAGAGCAGCCGAUGAGGCCCCGCCAAAGUGUUGUCCUAGUGUCUCCGAGAUGGAUGUUCUGAUCGCUUGUUUAUCAAUGAAGAAAACAGAGAACAACCAAUUCCCUGUAUCUGCUUGGUGUUGUGCCGAACUCUCUGCCACAAAUUGUUUUCUGACAACAAAGUAAGUAAUAUUUUUUUGUGAUUUUAUGUGCAGAAUGUUAAAUGAAUAAACAGAUCCACUCAAGGAUCCAGAUCUGAUGGAUGGAAAUGAGUGUGUUGCAGGGGAUCAUAUUAAAUGGGAAAAUGUAGCAUUGCUUCUUUAUGAUGGAUUUGCCCAUUUCCGGAUCUCUUCUUAGGGAAAGUGUUAGGAUGCACCCAAGUGGUUUUUACUAUGGCAAAAUUUCUCAAACAGCACGCA